UGGGAUCACUUUGGUCCUGUUUUGGUUCUGUGUUGGUGCUCUAACGUGGCGCUGCGUGAUGGAUCUCUGUAAACUCUGAAAUCUCACUACACUAAGAACCGCUGCUGUUUCAGAUACACAAACAGGACGAGUUUUCUUCUGCUCAGGACUGUUUCGGGGUGAACUGACAAGAACUGACAAGUGUCCGCUGAAAACUGCAAACAUGAGGAGGGAGAGGGUGGAUGUUAUUCUUCAGGCUCUCCUCUGGAUCCACAUCGCAGUGGCCUUCUUCUUCACUGCAGUGUCCUGUCAGUCAGACAGCAGCAGCAGUGUGGUGGUGGCAGGUUACAAUAUGAGCGCCCCCGCCGGCUCCAGGAUGGUGCUGCAGUGCAUGAGCGGCCGCAUGGUGUGGACCAGAGACAGGGUGAGGGACAGGCAGAGGGUGGUGCACUGGGACAUGUACCGCAGUGAUCCGGACUACGCCAUGGAGAGGGUGGUGGACAUGUUCUCGGCAGGAGAGCAGAGGAUCUACAACUCCUACAACCUGGCCAGGGUCAGCCUCAGCAAGACGGCCUUCAAGGAUGGGAACUUCUCUCUGGUCAUCAAAGAUGUGACAAUGAAUGACAGAGGCCUGUACUCCUGUAACCUCCAUCAUCUCUACUGCCACCUGUAUGAGACGGUCAGAGUGCAGCUCAACAUCACCAAAUCACGCCGUAAAGAGCAGCGGUUCUGGGAUGGACACAAAGCCGUGUACGUGGUGCUGCUGGGGAGCACCGUGGUGUUGCCCUGCAUCAACAGACGGACGGUGUGGACGGACUGGAGCGACGAGGAGGAGGACCAGCAGGUGGUCCACUGGGAUCGACAGCCUCCUGGAGUUCACCACGAUCGAGCUGACCGGCUGGUGGACCUGUACGCCUCUGGAGAGCAGCGCAGCUACGGACCCUUGUUCCUCCAGAGGAAGAUGAACAUCAGUAAUCAGGCCUUCUCAGAGGGAGACUUCUCCCUCACCAUAUCAGACCUGCAGCCCACAGACCAGGGGAUGUAUUCCUGCCACCUCCACCAUCAUUACUGUGGUCUACACGAGAGAAGAGAGUUUCAGGUCAGAGUCGAGCCUCCACUGAUUCAGACCACUGUUCCGGCCAAAGCACUGCCCAGCGAAGACAAAGACACUACUAAGGCUGAAUCAUCGCGAGUCAUCACUGUCAUCCUGCCAGACCAGAGACACCACUUUCUCCUGCCGCUGGGCUACGUCCUCACCUCCUUCCUGCUCCUGGCCUUCAUCAUCCUCAUCAUCAUCCUCAUCACACGACGGCAUAGAACCAAAGAAUUUUAUCCUCAAGUAUCCAUGAGGUCCAGCAGAAGUCAGAGCAGCUCGGAUGAGUUUGAGAUGAAUGUUACUGAGGUGAAUGCGUGCAGUCAGGAGGAGAGAAGAUUUGGCUACAAGAACAACCUGCUGAAAGAAAAAGUCCAUGUGAACACUCAACCUAAAGUCAUUGAUCUUGACAAAGCUUUGAUUUUUCUUUCUUCUCGCAGAGAUGCAGAAGUUUUCUAAGUGAGAAAAGUGAGAAGGAAGUGAAAUGGGAGUCACUGGCUGGUCCAGAGGCUGCGUUCCAAACUAAACACCUCCAAACUGCCUUCUGUGCUGGCGGGAGAGAUGCCACAGAGAAAAAGUCAAUGUCGCAAAAAGCUUUGUUGUGAAAUGCAGAAAAACAGUAGAAACGGUUCACACUGAGAUCUUGUGUUGUCAAAUUGUUAGAAUCACACACAGAGGAUUUUGUUUUCUAUUACUGUACUCUAUCAAACUAAAAAGUCUGGACAGGGAUCACUUUGCACAGCAUCACUGCACCACCCAGAGGGGAAUCCUAACCAAACCUUGACUGUAAAUGAAGGAGAAAUGUGUACAGCUUGACUGGGUUGUGACUCAGAGAACAUGAAUUAUCUGUUGUUACAGCUUGAAUCUUUAUUCCUCUUGUUAAAAGGAUGUUUUUUUGUUUUUUAUUUUGCCUUUGUUUCUCUUCAUUUGGCUUAGGUAACUUGACUGAAACACCACUGAAGAGUUAUUAUCAGUGUGUAUUGCUGCCUGCAGGCUUUAAAUAACUGUAUGCAAAAUGAACAUUUUAGCAGUGUGUGUAAAAAAAAAAAAGUUUUAUUUUGAUGCUCAGACUGUAAAUUUGUGGAAUGUACCUUUUUCUUUUCAUGUUUUAAAAUUCUGUGCUAAUGCUGAUUUUUUGAAGGAGAGAUCUGUUCUCUUUGUUCAGAUUAUUUUUUGAUUAUCACAGUAAAUGCAAAUAUUUGUGAACGUAGACAGGAGAAAUGUUUGCAUUUCAUACUCACCCUGCCGUCAGACAGGUUGAAGAAGAACGGGUCUGUUCAAUUCAAUAUCUCACAGAGUCACGGCAGUGUGACACUGAGCGAGCAUGCACAAUUACAGAACACUGACAAUGAAGCAAAAAUCUGCCAUCUUGUAAUACUAAGUGCUCUAACAGAAGGCAACAGGACUUUUUUUAAUUCUUGAAGAUUUCAUUUGUUAUUUAAGAGGCUUCUUUAGUUCUGAUUCGUAGGGAGGUCCAGACAUUUAUUAUCACCCCAAACUCAUGACUUAAAGCUUAAUGACCCGAGGAACUGAGGACGCCUCUUAAAUGGAGAGAACCUUCAAGAAGAACUUUCGUUACCUUUGACUGGAACACUUUUAAUUAGCAUGAUUAAGAAUCUACCACUCAAAUUUCUCAACUUGUAAUUUACAUUUUGGUUCCUCAGUAAAUUUGAAAUUUGAUUUUGUCUGUAUUAUUCCAUUUAUCUAUCAGUCUGUCCUUGUUUUUUUUUUUCAGUCCACAUUUUUGCACUCCCUGGUCAAGUGCGCCCCCUAGCUGGGAGCCACUGCAUGAGCUGAUAUAUUAAAAUAUUAAUACUAGUGUCCAUUAUGGUCAAAGGGACACUUUCCUUGCAGUACAAGGUGUGAAACACACAACAAUCUCUUAAUGAAGAAAUGUUGUGGCUUUUGCUUUCUUCAGUUACUUCACUUGCCUUUUAUCUUCAUUUGGCAUGCUCACUUGUGCUUAGUACCAAUUUACCUGUUGCUGUGCUGUACUGCUAACUCAGUAAAAUUGUAAUAAGCAAAUCUGGAG